AUUGAUCAACCUGGACAAGAAGCUUAUGAUUUGGUUAAUUUUAAGAACCAUGCGAUGAAUAUGACUGAAAAGUAUGAGAAGAAACAAGAAUUUAAGAUACAUUGUUAUCAUAUUGAAAGAUCUAAUAGAAAUAUAAGAAGGUGUAUAUUAGUUUAUGAAUAUUUUAGGCAACCUGAGCUAACAAAAAGCAAGAAUUCUAAGAAAGAAACAAGUUCUAAACAUAUUGAGUGUAUAUAG